AUGACGCACCGCGCCGACCCCUCGCGCUUCCUCGACGAGCGGCACUCGGCGCCACUAUGCCCCAACGGCAUGAACCCAGCAACGCUGCUGGAAAAGGCCAUGAUUGAGCGCAUAAUCGACAGCUUCUACUUUAAAGACGCGUGUUUCGGACUCAACGAGGCCGACAUUGUGGACAGGGUAGUGUCGCACGUCACCUUUGUGGGCGGCACGUACGGCUCCUCGCAGAAACCGACGCCGUUUCUGUGUCUGCUGUUCAAGCUGCUGCAGCUCGGCCCCGGGGACGAUGUGCUGGGCGAAUACUUGAGUUUUGGUGGCGAGCGCUUCAAGUACCUCCGCGCCCUGGCUGCCUUUUAUAUCCGCCUUACUCGUCGCAGCGAGGAUGUGUACAAGACCCUCGAGCCAUUCCUCGAGGACCGGAGGAAGCUUCGUCGCAAGGGCGCCCAGGGAACUACCCUCACUUUUGUCGACCAGUUUGUCGACGACCUGCUCACCAAGGACCGGGUCUGCGGUACGACAUUGUGGCAGCUGACCAAGAGGGAGCUGCUGGAAGAUUUGGAAAAGUUGGAGCCGAGAGUCAGUCCGCUAGGUGAUAUUGAAGAUCUCUUGGACGAGCUGGACCAGGAAAAUGGGGAAGAGGGGCAAGCAGACAGUGGUGAAAAUGGAGCCAGCGAUGAGGGUGAGGUGGAAGAGGUAGAGCCUCGCAGCAGGUCGAGAUCUCGCAGCAGAAGCAGAGACAGCAAUAGGAGGCGGUCAUACAGUGGCGACAGGGACGAUCGAAUGGAUGUUGACGAACGCACAAAACGCAGAAGCUCCAGAUCACAGUCAAGGUCAUAUCCUCGGAGUCGAUCCCCUGAUUCGAGACGAGACGGAAGCAGAUAA